UUGGUUUGUUUCCUGCGGACUCAUGAUCGGAACACAGCAAAUAAAAACAAAACAUCUUUCAUGUGACGUUAUAAGACAGAUUUCAUCGUGUUUACUACAAUGAAUCGGUUUUCUGUUAACUGAAAUAGUCAUGAGAGCUGUUAUCAGAUUGUUUAGUGAUAAACGGAGGUUAGCGUUCUGCAGGAAUGUGUCCUCAUACAUACAAGGACAGAGUCCAGAGCCAAGAAUCCGAGAAUAUUUCUACUAUAUCGAUCAUCAAGGACAGCUGUUUCUGGACGAUACGAAGGUGAAGAACUUUGUCACCUGCUUCAAAGACCAGCACUUUUUAGUUUUCUUCUUCACCCGUCUGAAAGCCAACCAGAGUGGGCGCUAUCAGCAGGAUUUCCCCUUCCUCUCCCUUUGUGGCCGUGAACGUAACUACCUGCGCUGUGACGAUCAGCCCAUUGUCUUCACUCACCUGUUAUCAGAGGCGGGGACUGAAGAGCGUCUGUCAUACUGUGGGGGCGGAGCUAAACUGACCGUUCCGUUCAGUCCAGAAUCCCUCUUCAUGCAUCCGGUCAGCGGCAGAGUUUACCACCCUGGUCCUGAACGGGGAGGAGGGGUUGGGUUAGUACGUUCAGCUUUAGCAAUUGAACUGAGUGCCCACUUUGAGUACAUCACGGGUCAGGAGAGUACAGGACAGCCCGUUCAUUUUCUGUGGGGAGGACAUCGACACACUUUAACAAAAGAGUUAGCAAAACACUUCCCUGUCCAAAAAGAUGUAUAAGUACAGAGAAUAUCAAUGUGUUCAUAUAAUAAAUGUUGAGAUGUGAUCAUGUAAGUCCUUCUGAAAUGAAUGUAUUAUAUUGUGAAUAUACUGCUGAAAUAAAUGUGUAUAUACUGCAUCUUAUGAGUUAACUGAUUGAUUUCUUAAUUUUUGUUAAAUUGUUCAGGAAGCCAUUAUCUGUCACCUAAAGCAAUUAUUGAUGCUAGGCGACAAUGAGGGAAGCAAACUUUUUAAUAAUUAGACUAAAAUAACAAGACAAAAACAUUUUUUCCACAGAUAAAAAAUGUGGGUGCACCUUGUUUCCAAAAUUGUAAUUCCAGGACACCUUUCCAGGUAUACUCGAUCUCCAGACCCACCAAAAUAUUGGGGGGGGGGUAUACUUUCAUUCCGUUUUAAGUUUAAUUGCAAUAUCAAAAUACUUUAUAGUAAGAUUAAGAUAUCAAACCACUGUCAUUGCUUGCCAUUAUUUGACUAAACAGUGUUUUGUGUCAUUCGCACAGUAGAAGUGGUCAAGUGAAUUUGUGCUAGCAACAGAUUAAAUUUUGAAGAGUUUUGAAUUAAUUGUCAGUGAUUCUAGCCACCCUCUGCAGAAGGGGUUUAAAUUGUUAAAUUGUUUCUCCCAUAGGUUUUAUCUGCCAUUAUGUUGAAUAAAUAGAUAUAAACAGUCUUUUGUACCAAUUGCUAUUAGGUUUCUGAAUGCUUCUAUAGACUUGAGAGUGAAGUUGGCUUUCUACUUUUUAUUUUUUAAUAUUUAUUACUGAUUAUUCUAUUUUGUAUAUUUUAUGUCUAAUGUGUUUUUUGUGGUUAUAUGUUUCUGUAACCUGUGUAACAAUAUGCCCUUAGGGGUCAAUAAAGUACUAACUACCUUCCAA